AUGGAAGCACGACUGCAGGGCCCGGAGAUUUCUGAGCCUCGUGAAGAGAAGUAUGCGGGCGAUGAGUAUCCCGAGAAUCGCCUAGGUUGUCGUACACAGGGACCCUCCGAUUCCAACACCGUUGCGGACGGUGGUCACGCUGAGCCUAUAGUUAUUGUAGGAAUGGGAUUACGGCUCCCUGGAGGCAUCUCAAAGCCUUCCGACUUGUGGGAUCUCUUAUGCGAAGAGCGCAGUGGUCGUUGCGAAUUUGGGAAGAAUCAACUCAAUAUUGAAGGGUAUUACCAUCCAAACGCCCAGAGACCGGGAAGUCUUCAUACAAAGGAAGCAUACCUGCUCAGAGACAGCUCACUCCUGUUUGAUCAUACGUUUUUUGGCGUGAAUUCUGCCUUGGUAGCCAGCAUGGACCCCAAUCAAAGGAAGAUGCUUGAAGUGGCAUACGAGGCUCUUGAAAGCGCCGGGGAGCCCCUGGAAAAGAUAUCUGGAGCGAAUGUAGGAGUGUUUGUCGGAAACAUGGCCGCCGACAACCAGAUUAUGCUGGCGCACGACAUAGACUUUGCCCCCCAGCAUGCUUCGACUGGAAUGAGUACUGCAAUCUUGAGCAAUCGAAUCAACCACAUCUUCAACCUUCGUGGGCCCAGCCUCACCAUAGAUACGGCAUGUGCGUCCUCGAUGUAUGCUUUACACCUAGCCGUGAACUCCAUUCAAAAUGGAGACUGCAACACCGCUAUUGUUGGCGGAUCAAACUUAAUAAUGGGACCAGAAGUACAGCUACUCACCGCGAGACUCGGUGCACUGUCUCCAACAUCAACUUGCCAUACGUUUGAUGCGUCCGCAGAUGGGUAUGGUAGAGCAGAGGGGUUCGGUGCGCUUUACCUGAUGAGGCUUUCUGAAGCAAAAUCUGGUGGAUAUCCAAUACGAGCUUUGAUUAGGGGCACGGCGGUCAACGCGAACGGCCGAACAGCGGGUAUCUCGCACCCAAGUGCUGAUGGGCAAGAAGCACUAAUUCGCAGGGCCUAUAAGGUCGCCAAGCUUCCAACUAAAGACACUGCUUACUUUGAAUGUCAUGGGACGGGGACUCCUGUAGGAGAUCCCGUGGAGAUAUCGGCCAUAUCGAAAGUCUUCGGCCCAGAAAGAGUUGGGAAGUCACCGCUACUAAUCGGGUCAGUUAAAACAAACCUUGGCCACUCUGAAGCUGUUAGCGGGAUCGUUGGCAUCAUGAAGACUAUAUUGGCGAUUGAAAAAGGAUUCAUACCCGCAACCAUAGGGGUGCGCGAGCUCAAUCCCAAUAUUGACUUCGCGGCCGCUCAAGUCAAGGUCAUCUCGAAACUUACUCCGUGGCCACAGGGUAGCUUUCGAAGGGCCAGUGUGAAUUCGUUCGGAUAUGGAGGCGCAAACGGACAUUGCAUACUAGAGAACGUACCAACAUCAGAUGGUGAAGCGGGUUUAAGGAAACUGCGCUCGGAGCCGCACAGGCUUGUCGUGCUUCCGUUCUCCGCUCAUGAUCCAGUUUCGCUCGCUGCGAAUAUUUCAGCAACUGGAACAGUGAUCAAGCAGACGAACAUACUCGACGUUGCAUACACCUUAUCUACGCGGCGAAACAUCUUCCGACACAAGGCUUUCGUGAUUGCAGAAAGCCAUGAUCCCAAGGCCGCUCUCGAACCGAGCACUACCCACAGGCAUUACCCGAACGCGCUUCAGACUCCGCGCAUUGCCUUCAUCUUCACAGGCCAAGGCGCGCAGUGGGCAGGCAUGGGCACAGAGCUUUUUGCGUUGCAUCCUUUCGAAAUUUCUAUCCGCCGUCAAGACGAAAUCUUGCGGCGACUGUCAAACUCGCCCAGCUGGACAUUGAAAGACGUGCUCACUGGAUGUGCAUCCAUCAGCAUCCAAGAUGCAAUCGUGUCACAGACCGCCUGCACUGCAUUGCAAAUUGCGCUUAUCGACCUGUUGCGCGCUUGGGAAGUCACCCCUUACGUAUGCAUUGGUCACUCGUCAGGAGAGAUCGCCGCUGCAUAUACGUCUGGAAAGAUUACCUUAGAAGAAGCUAUCGUGACGGCGUAUUAUCGGGGCUACGCUCUGGGGACCAAUUCGCGCAAAGGCUCAAUGCUCGCUGUUGGUAUGACUGCUGAGUCGGCACGCGAGCUCAUCUCCGGAAUUGAAGAGGAGGUGAAGAUCGCGGCCAUCAACUCUCCUUCGAGUGUUACACUAUCCGGGAAUGCCUCGAGUAUAGAACGCCUGGAGACAGAGUUGAAGCAAAAGAACGUAUUCGCACGUAUCCUCCGCACAGGGAACAACGCAUACCACUCGCAUCAUAUGACGGCAGUUGGGAUCACCUACGAAAAGCUCCUGCUACGAGAUCUGGCAGACAUUGCGGGCACUCCUGAAGAGGGGGUGAAGGCGGUGCCCUUAGAUGCUACCUGGAUAUCGUCAGUGUCCCCGAAUAAGCGGAGUUUCUUCGUUAAUUCGAAUCCUGCAUACUGGCGCAAGAACCUGGAGUUACCAGUGCAAUUCUCCCAGGCUGUACAGAAUAUGCUCUCCAAAGACGGAAAAGGGCCAGACGUCGUCAUUGAGAUAGGCCCUCAUGCAACCUUGCGAAGUCCGAUGCAGGCGAUAUUUGCCGAAGUACAAGGGGCGGAGGGUGUCAAAGUGCCAACAUACCUAUCCGCUAUGAAACGUCAUGAGGAUGGAUUGAGGACUAUUCUCGAACUUUGCGGCAACCUGUUCUGCCUCAAUCAUUCGGUGAACCUCCAGAAGGUUAACGCCGCGAGACCACUCGUCGACGGAGGGGUUCAGAACAUACCUGGAAAAAUGUGUACAGAACUACCACCUUAUCGAUAUAAUUACGGCAAACCAAUACAUCAUGAAAGUCGCGUCUUUCGGGAGAUAAGGGAUCGUAAACAUCUGCACCACGACAUUCUGGGAGUAUUGCAGCCUGGCUGUUCCAAAAACAGGCCUUCCUGGCGUAACAUACUGCGCAUCAAGGAUACACCGUGGUUGGUGGAUCAUAAACUCAUUCCGCAGGUAAUCUUUCCAGCUGCUGGUUACAUCGCUUUGGCCACUGAAGCUCUCGCUCAAUAUCAAAACCGAAGAGUUGCGGGCCAAGAGGCACCGAUAUUCCGGCUGAGGAACCUAUCGAUCAAGACGCCAAUGGAAAUCCCUAAGGACGACGAAGGUGUGGAGAUCUUGAUACACAUUCAAACGGUGUCGCCGGGUUCAGAAUGGCACACUUUCCUGGUGUCAUCUGUAUCGAAAGAGUCAAACACUUGGACGGAGCAUGCUUCGGGGUUUGUUGCGACUCAGUCUGACGUACAGCAAAGGUUGAAGGUGCCGGAACGAUCGUCAUCGCCGCAUUACUUCGAAGUCAAAGAGUGGUACGAAAAGUUCUCCCAAUGUGGCUUAGGUUAUGGCCCUUCUUUCCAAGGGCUCUCAGACCUGUGCUGUUACCCUGCUAGGUCUGUUACCAUGGCUACCGUUGGUACGAAUAUGACGCAGGAUAUGUUCAACGGACCGGAAUCGCAGUAUUGCAUCCACCCAUGUACCCUUGACAGCUGUUUUCAGCUGUUGCCAAUCGCAGCUCAUGGUGGCCAGACCAAGCAACUCCAAUCGGCUUUCGUACCCAUCGGUGUUGAAGAGUUGACUAUCUGGCCGUCAACGGAUGAGGGUUCGCACGCUCGCGCCGUGGCAAGUGCCCGUCGCUCUGGCUUGCGCGGUGGCCGUGGAGACAUUCAACUGUUCAGCCAGGAUGGAAAACCAAGAGUCGAGGUCGUCAAUAUGCAAUGCGUGCGGUACCAGGGCGGUCCAGUGAUCGAUAAGCCCAUGCAAGCUGGCACAAGUCCCUAUUCCCAACUGGUAUGGAAACCCGACAUCUCGAUUCUGGCAAAGCAGAAGGCAAUAGCUAUGUUUUCGGCAGCCGUAUCUAUCCAAGAUCGCUGGAAGGGAUCGUCAUACUCUCGGAUGAGACAGGUGCUUGACUUGUUGUGUCAUAAGAAUCCAAGCAUGAAAGUCAUUGAUGUCGGGACCGAUUCCAGCAGUGUCACUGAGGCCGCGCUGGACGUACUUGGGGGAGUCCGAUCUGCGUCACAAAAAUUCAGCAAGUACGUCUGUACAGACUACGCGAGCUUUAUGGACGAAUCCAUGCAAAUAAUGCUCGCACACUGCAAGGAUAUUUCUUACCAGCCUCUUGACGUUCAAGAUCGUCCCGAUAAGCAAGGAUACCACGGCGACUUCGAUCUUCUUAUCGCAAGAGCCAACCAUGAGUUGACGAGCAAUGCCUUGGACGCGUUUCGAAACAUCAGACAAUUGCUUAGGCCCGGCGGUCAUCUGCUGCUUGCAGAAGCGACUGGAAGUAGUGCAGAGUGGAAUGACACCCUCACUUGGAGCGACUUUACCGGAGUUGAUUUGCAUUUCGAGGACGGCCCUUUGCAAUUGCAGACAACGCGAACCAUAUUGGCAACUGCAAGCUCGCCUGAACCAUUAGAGACGAACCAGAAUUCGGUCCAAUUGCUCUACGUCAUCACUGAUUCGUUGGAAGAUCAAUUUGCCCAAGCUUUAGUCUUGGCAGCUUCGAAUGCUGGCGUGGACUCACAGCUUAUCACGUUCAAAGACGCGGAUAUUGCCAGUUGUUCUCGGGUCAUUCUAACGGCAAGAGCUGGGCACCACCCUCUUCUUGAUGGCUCGGAAUCAGAGUUUGGAGCUUUGAAGAAGAUCAUCUCUCGCUCAUCCUCAUUACUCUUCCUCACCGAUGGCGAUGUUUUGCGAGGUGCGAAUCCGAAGGCUGCCUUGUUAACUGGCCUUGUUCGGAUGCUAGUGACCGAAGACGCGUCGUCGAGAUUCGGCAUCGUACACCUGGAAGAGGGACACUCAACUUCCGAUCAUGCUCUUCUUCAAGCAGUCUUGCGCCAAGAGUCUGACCUGCAUGACCACAGCGGAAGGAAUGAGUCCGAGGUCGCAAUGUACAAUGGCAUUGCUCAUAUUCCUCGUCUGCUGACCAACGCUGAAAUGAACGAGCAAUAUCACGAACUAAACCCCGAGAAGCCGACUAUUGUUGAAAGAUCACUCGGUAAUCGUACACCGCUUCAACUAGAUUUUGAGUUGCCGGGUGUAUUGGGUUCGCAAUAUUUUCGCCCCAACACUUCCUUCGACGACCCUCUAACGGAGAGGUGGAUCGAGGUUGAAGUGAGAUCGGCAGGUCUCAACUGGAAAGAUAUCGCCGCGGUAACCGGAAAGAUAGAUCUCGACUACUUCAGUCACGAGUGUUCGGGGAUCGUAUUGGCCUGUGGAUCUGGCGUGCAUGAUUUCUCGCCCGGAGAUCGUGUGUACGGGGUUGCAUUGUCCAGAUUCGGCAACGUAGUGAGAGCACCUGCAGGCUUCAUGCAGCUGAUGCCAGAUGACAGCACUUUCUCCGAAAUGGCAACCAUUCCGGUCGCAUUUGUGUCGGCGCUGUACGCAUUGCUGCAUCUUGGACGUCUUGAGAGAGGACAGCGGGUCCUCAUCCAGUCCGCUGCUGGCGGUGUGGGCCUCGCUGCAAUUCAAAUUGCGCGUAAUGCUGGCGCAGAGAUCUACGCGACGGUCAGCACAAAGGAGAAGAUGGAAUACCUGGUCGAGCAUUGCAACAUUCCUCAAAACCACAUAUUCAACGCUCGUUCAACAAAAGACCUCCCUCGCAUGAUGGAAGAGACAGGACAAAAAGGAUUCGACGUCAUACUUAGUUCGUAUUCGGGCAACUCUAUGCAAGAGGCAAUACAGUGUCUAGCAAGAAGAGGAGUCUUUAUCGAUCUUGGGAGGGAGGACAUUAUGAGACAUCACAUGAUGCCAAUGGACGUUUUCGCUCGAAGUGCAACCUUCACGUCAUUCGAUCUCGACGACAUUGCCAUACAUGAGGCAGAGUUCUUGAUGAGGCUGAUGAAAGAGAUGGAUGACCUAAGGAGAAACGGUUUCCUUCGACCUUUGCCGUUUGCGAAGUUUGAUGUCUCAAAGCUCAACCAAGCGCUCCUCCACUUGUCUAAAGCUAAGCAUAUUGGCAAGAUUGUAGUCGGAUACAAGCCCGAGGGUUCAAUCGUCAAACAACUCGAUGUUCCGCAUGGCGCCAAAUUUCGCCGCGACGCCGUAUAUGUGCUCGUCGGUGGCCUGCGCGGCGUAGGACGAAGUGUUGUACACUGGAUGGUUUCUCGUGGCGCCCGUAAAAUUGUCAUAUUCAAUCGCUCUGGCAGCGCUUGUCCCGAGGCACUGUCUCUCGUCGACGAGGUAGCAAAAAAAGGCGCAGAGGUUAAAGUGGUCAAGUGCGAUGUUGCAACUGCCAGCGAGGUUGAGAGUGCAAUGUACACCGCCGCCGACUACGGACCUAUCAAGGGAAUUCUCCACGCCGCUGCUGUGUACGAAGACGGCGUUUUCAACACUCUGUCGUACGAUCGUUGGAAACUACCACUGUCGGCUAAGGUUCAAGGCUCAAUGAACCUGCACGACGUAGCCGAAAGCAGAGGGUUGGACCUUGAUUUCUUCGUCAUGAUAAGUUCGAUAGAGGCCGUGGUGGCGUUGCCAUCACAAGCCGCCUAUUGCGCAGCGAAUUGUUUCCAAGAUGCUUUUGCCCGAUACCGCCGGUCAAUUGGCCGUCCUGCUACGUCAAUUGCGUUCGGAUUGAUUAGCGAUAUGAGCGAAGUCGGCCAAUGGGCGUCCGCACGAGGCACCAUAGCUCGCAAUGGGCUUUACCCAAUCGGCGAAUAUGACUUGCUCCGUCUCCUCGAAGGAGUAUUUGUCGAGAAGCACAGAUAUGAUCUAGGCGACACUGCUUUCGAUCAUCUCGCACAGGCGCAGAUUGUGUGCUGCCUGGAUCCCGGCGAAUUGGCGAACCAUUCUCUCAAGCAGGAGAGAAUGAAUAUUCAGACCCCACGAUGGCACUCAGACGCCAAGUUCUCACACUUGUUCCGUGCCAUGAGGAGCUGUCUACGGGACAAGGAUACAGUCUCCGAACCAGAACGAGAAACACCGUCGUUGACCUCCGAGGUAAAUCAGCUCAUCUCGAACGGGAACUUCGAAGAGGCUGCGGAACUUGUGAAUUCUGCCAUCAUAGAACAGGCGGCAUCGUUACUCGGAGUGGCGCCCGAAAGUAUAGAUUCUCGAAGGUCGAUAGCGCAUUACGGCGUGGACAGUCUCCUUGCGGUGGAACUGAGAAACUGGAUUACCCACUCGUUCCAGGAUACUAUCCCACUUCUCAAGCUCUUAGACGAGAGCAUCAGCAUAAGAGAUCUCGGGGCAAUGAUCCUAGUGAGCCAAAAGAAAGAUGAUGCCUCAGAUGCGUCCGUCCCUACGAAGGUAAAUGGCGUUGGAGAUUCGCACGCGUAA